UCCAUGUGAAGAUACAACUGUCAUACUCCAGCUGCCUGGGAAGAACAAGGAUUGGAAAUGCACAUUCCGCAUCAGGCCAUCCGGCACAUCUGAUGCAGGUCGACGCAACCUCUUUUUGUACAACUUUGCCUAUGACAAUCAUAUUAGAGAGGGUGAUAUCUGCCUCUUUCAACCAAUCACAAAUGUGAAGCAGAGAACGUUCAUAGUGACAGUCCAUGUCCUUCACAAAGUGAGCAUUGAUCAUUACGCUGGUGGAAGAACUGACAUUGGCUCAAAUCACGGAAGGAAAAGGGCUAAGAUGGGCGCCGUUAAGGACAAACCACGCACCGAUGGCGAAGAGCAUAAAAUCUCUGAGGAUUCCGAGGGAGCUUCUGAGGGUCUCUUCAUGCUGUCAAACGGAGUCUGUCUAACACCAGCACAGCGGAUGAAAUUGUUAAAGAUAGUUAAGAAGAUUAAGUUCAAACCACCCUUUUAUGUUGCUAUCAUGAGCAAGAGCACUGUCUGUCAGCGUGGCAGCCAAAACAAUCCCAUGCUACGCUUUGGCUCGCAGUACGCAACCAGGUAUCUUGUUGAGAAGUUUGCUGGUGGCCAUCCUUGUGGGAAACAUAGAGGAGUCGAGUUGGUGCUUCUGCGGGAGGGCAAGAGCAGGUCAUGGCCUACCAAGCUGCGGCAUAGCUUGCGAGGCUCGAGGGUUCUCAAAGGAUGGCCAUCUUUCGCCCGCGACAACCAGCUGCGGGAGGGGGACCUCUGCCUCUUCAAGCUGCUGAAGAGCGAGGAGCUGCUGACGAUGAUGGUCUACAUCGUCCGCCGCUAGAAAUGUUAUCCUGAAGCAUGUCUUGCAUGCUGCUACUACGAUGAUCUUGAACUCUGGGUCAGUCUGGGAGUGGAACACUGUGUGGCUCGUCUCCAAAUGAGGGAGUCGUUGAGCAUGAAACGCUUAAUUCGGUGAGAACUUUGUUAUAUUUGGAUGGGUCAAGUUUGAACAACCUGAUGUGUUGCGAACUUGCUCUUGUUUGA